AAUAACUCAACACUUGAGGGUUAACAGAUUCUACUGACAGUUGUCGGCCCGGGAUACCGUCCUAUUCAGACUAAAAUAUGGCGACGGUUGGGCAGCUCUUCGUACUUCUUACAAUAUGCUACUUGGCGAACGGGCAGGACGACGGGUCAGCAACCGGAGGCGGUUCCGUUUCAGACACUCUGUCUCCCGAGGAGGUCGUGUCGCCCAAAAUCACGGUACAGCCAUCCACCACCAUCAUUGACACUCAUCGCAUCGAGGCCUCCAGGCAGCUUAGGUGCGAGGCAUCGGGAGCCCCGGAGCUUGUGUACACAUGGAAGAAAGACGGGCAAGAUUUGGGUACCAGAACCCCUCCCUACGCCUUUGACGGCGGCAACCUGGUGCUGAACACCCCUCAAAAGGACGCGGACAGUGGAAGUUACCAGUGCCUUAUCACUAACGACUAUGGAACCGUUAUCAGCCUGCCAGCCCAAGUGCGAUUCUCCUUUGUAAACGAGUUUGCUGCUGGCGGUCGUGAUGCGACCACAGCCAUCGUCAAUCAGGGUACAACUAUGCUGUGUGCUCCGCCUGAGGCCUACCCAGGAAUCCUGUUCCAGUGGGUAAAGGUUGGAGCAGAAGAACCGGCCUUCCAAGUAACUAACCAACGGUGGUAUAUAUCCAAGAAAACCGGUGAUAUCUACUUCGCAACUGCCACAGCGGCCGACGCCGGAAACUAUCAGUGUGUUGUUCAGGUCUCCACCGACCCAAACGCUCCAUUCACUGAUUUCAGUCCUCAGAUGCAGUUGAUCGUCAAUGAUGCAGCUGCUGGAGACCCUGCAACUAUAGCAGCUGACUUACAGUUGCAGGAGCAGGACCAGGUGGUCGGUGUGCAGGGGACGAGUGUCCUGUUGGAAGGUUUUGCCUAUGGAAACCCAAUUCCUGACCUGACUUGGACAAAAACGGAUGCUGACGGCAACCCACUCCCCAUGCCGAGUAAAGUUACGUACGAGCGGUGGAACCGUUUCAUUAACAUCUCUGAUGUGCAGGCAGAAGAUGCUGGGUAUUACACUGUAACGGCUACCAACUCAGCCGGAACGGACAGUCAGAGAACCCAGCUCAUCAUAGCAGGUAAACCAGUCAUUGUGAAAGGUCUGGAAGACCAGAGCAAGGACCGCGUGCCAGGCGAUAAUCAGGUGUUCACGGUCAACUGGAGGAACAGUGGCGACGGCGCGCCGACAACGUGCACGUGGCUGCACGAUGGCCAUCCUGUAACCCCCGAUGAUCGUAAGACAGUCCAAAACACCGCCACUUCGUCCGUGCUAACCAUCAACAACCUGCAAAGAGAGGACAAAGGCGCCUAUCAAUGCCUGCUGACCAACAAGUACGGAGGCGUUCCGACAUCAGCAGAGCUGAGAGUAGCAGCCCCUGGCAAAGUUCCAAACAUAGCGCCCUCUGACAAGGGAGAUGACACCAUAACCCUCAACUGGGACGAGCCCAAGACUGUGGACCCGAUCACCAACUACAACGUCCUGUACUACCCAACGGACAACCCCGAUGCCAGGAAGAUUGUGAACACUGGUACUGAUAGAACCGCGACGCUGACUGGUCUGACACCUAACCCAGAUGCUUACACUUACAAAGUCCGUGCGGAGACGGCUCAUGUCAGGGGACCGUACGGUGAGCUGGUAGGAACUCGAACAGGGGGAGCGGGAGGAGCGGGCGGUGCCGGAGGCGCGGGCGGAGGAACAACGGGAGGGCAGACAGGAGGGUCCAGCCUGUGGUACCUGGCCUGGCUCAUCCCCCUACUCCUGUUGCUUCUGCUCUUGCUGCUCCUUUGCUGCUGUUGUUGCUGUUGGUAUCUGGGCCUGUGUGGGAAGUAUUGCCCCUGCUGUACCUGCUUCGGGUCCGGGAAAAGUAAAUACGGCACAAAACCAGGAUUCCACAAACCCAUGAGUCGGGAGCACCAGGACAUGCUGCAGCUGUACCGGACAGACAUCGUGGACAACGUGAAUCACCCAGAGAGGAUCACUGCCUACCUGGCAUCCACUAACGUGCUUCCUCACAACAUGGUGGAAGCCAUAUCCAAGCAGCGUACCCGCGAGGGCCAUAGCAAGAAGCUGCUGAACGACAUGAAGUUGGGAGGAGAUGAGGCAUUUGAGGACUACUGCACAGCUCUGAGGAAGGAAGAAAAGUUGGGCUGGCUGGCGGACACAUUGGAGGGACCAGGGUUGUCAGCUGAUAAGAGGGAACUGCUGCUGCGCAACGGGGACUAUCUGGUGGACAAAAUGGACCCGGAAUCAACUUGCAUGUACCUCCAAAAGAACAAGGUGUUCACCAGCAACAUGGUGGCCUACUGUCUGAGCGCCAACACAACAGAAGAGAAGAACAGACGGAUUCUGCACCUGAUGCAGUCCCGCAGCGACGCUGAUUACGUGGUCUUCUGUGACGGCCUGAAGGCAACCGGAGGCACUGCCAUUUUCGCCGGCCUCCUGCAAGGACAUGGCGGUGGGACCCAGGCGAUCAACAUGCCGGCUGAGAAGGUGCCCCUACUACCCGAGACGGAGAUGGACGGGGUGGAUACCGCCUUUCACGGCAUGCCAAUGACUCAGAUUGGAGGGAUGAACGCUAAACAGGUCUCCGCCACAAACCCAAUGUUGCUGAACCAGACCUACAUGAACAGUAACGUCACUAACGUGUCCCGUCACGUGACCAGCCAGAACGUGGACCUGGUACAAAGCUCGAGGUCCGUCAAGGACAACCGUGGGUUCUCCUACUCCAAAGGCAGUGGUUCUGGUAUUGGAGGUGUGACUAUCGGUGAGGGAAUGAAUGGACAGGUCCAUUACCGAAAACAGCAGGGGGACAACAGCUUCCAACAGAACAGCGGGACACUGCCGGGGAACCGUGACAGCCAGGCGGUCAUGUCGGUCAUGUGGGAAUCUGAGGACGUGGUUAGGAUCUCUGAGGGGAUGGAGCGUAGUGGGCAGGUGGCCGUGGAACAGAUGAUGAGCCCAAAAGGUUACGAUGACGGGACAGCAAAAACAACCACAGGCGUUCCACGGGGACACCCUGUCAUCCUGGAGGUCAAGGGCGAAGUGGACAAUGUGAAGUGGCUACACAACGGACGGACCAUGUCACCCAGUGCUGACUACGAGAUGACUUCUGACGGCUCCAGCCAUGUGCUGAAGAUCGCCAGCAUGUCUACCUCCAAGGACGGCACCUACACCUGCGAGGGGACCACGCCCGAGGGCGGGAGUCUGGCGUGUGACGUCAUCAUCCAAACAUUCGACCACAGGAAGACCGCGCUUUGAAGACGAUUUCUGAUCCACCUUUUGUUUACCCUUAGGCUAGUGAUUUUCACCUGAAAUUUUCUAAACACAACUUCACCAGUCACUCAGUAGGUGGCUCUGACUAGAGAGGAUGACUUACAGAAAUAUACUAAGAUGUCAGCAUAUUUUUUCAGAGAAAGGGAGACAAAUCAGUACCAUCGAAAUGAUUAGAGAAUUAAAGAAGUUAUCAGCUGAUGCCAAAUUGUUGUGAUAAGGCAGCAUACACAACUUGAAAUAAAUUGAAAU